AUGAGUACUGUUGCUUCAAUGACGUUGUCCAGUCUGUAGUAGUCUGUGCACUGGGGCACUCCUAGCUGUGUACGCUCAAGCCCGGUAAUUGCAAUCAGCUCCGGGAAACCAUGGCCGAACAGGCCCCGGGAUCCUCCCGGUCGUCUCACGAUGACGGGGUUCUCCAGCAGCGAGUGACUGAGCUGGAACACGAGCGAGCUGAGAUGCUCAAGCUUAAGCAGCAGCUGGAGAUGGAGUUCAACCAGAAGCGAGCCAAGUUUAAGGAGCUCUAUCUGUCCAAAGAAGAGGAGCUGAAGAGGCAGGCGUCCUCUCUGGAGACCGCACAGGCAGAGCUGCGGCAGGUCCAGACCCAGCUGGCCGAGGAGCGGGCGGAGAUGGAGAACAUCAAGGCCGUUGCCACGGUCUCCGAGAACACCAAGCAGGAGGCCAUCGACCAAGUGAAGCAGCAGUGGCAGGACGAGGUGGCCUCACUGCAGGCCAUUAUGAAAGACACGGUGCGGGAGUACGAGGUGCAGUUCCACCAGCGGCUGGAGCAGGAGCGUGCCCAGUGGGCACAGUACCGCGAGACGACGGAGCGGGAGAUGGCGGAGCUCAGGCGGCGGCUCUCCGAGGGCCAGGAGGAGGAGAACCUGGAGAACGACAUGAAGAAGGCCCAGGAGGAUGCUGAGAAGCUGCGCUCUGUCGUCAUGCCGAUGGAGCAUGAAAUAGCGGCUCUGAAGGCCAAGCUGACGACCUCCGAGGACCGCGUGAAGGAACUGGAGGCCUCCAAGGUGAAGGAACUGAAUCAUGUUCUGGAGGCAGAGAAGUCGUGCCGCACUGACUUGGAGAUGUAUGUGGCAGUCCUCAACACACAGAAGACAGUACUCCAGGAGGAUGCAGAGAAAAUGCGCAAGGAACUCCACGAAGUGUGUCACCUGUUGGAGAUGGAGCGGCAGCAGCACAAUCAGCUAAAGCACACCUGGCAGCGCGCCAACGACCAGUUCCUGGAGUCCCAGCGGCUGCUGAUGCGGGACAUGCAGCGGAUCGAGAGCGUGCUGACCUCAGAGCAGCUGAGGCAGGUGGAGGAGAUAAAGAAGCGGGAUCAGGAGGACGACGAGAAGGACGAGAAGGAGAGAAUCAGCCAGGCGAAGGACGAGGACGACGGGACCGAGCCUGCUGAAGCUGCUGAGGACUCCCUUAUGGGUCUGUCUAUAGAUGAGGGUCAGCCCAACCACAGCAUUCACAGCUCUUUGCACUCCUUGGACGCAGACACUCCUGGGCGUGCUCCGGGCGGCUCGGACCUGUAUCAGGACGGCCUGCGGCGGGUUCAGUCCACCGACAGCCUGGGCUCGUCCGGCGGAGCGACGCUGCAGCAGCACUCGCACGGCCUGGGGGGCUACAACCACAAGGCAAAGUCGGCCAGCCAGCUGGACGAGUCCGACUUCGGGCCGCUGGUGGGCGCCGACUCCUCGGGCAACUUUGAUGGCUUCGAGACGGCGUCGAUUAGCUCCCUUCAGCCCUCCGCCGGUCACUUCCUGCUCACCAAGGACCAGGAGAAGGCCAUCAAGGCCAUGACGCCAGAGCAGGAAGAGACGGCGUCAAUCCUGUCCAGCAUCUCGCACGCGCCCGAGAACGCCUACCUGCCCCCGUCCGGCUACCGACUGGUCAGCGAGAGCGAGUGGAACUUGCUGCAGCAGGAGCUGAAGAACGCCGGGAGGAAGUUGGGCCGUCGGUGUGACAUGUGCUCCAAUUAUGAGAAACAGCUGCAGGUCAUCCAGGGUCAGGAGGCCGACACUCGCGAUCAGGUGAAGAAGCUACAGAGCAUGCUGCGGCAGGCCAACGACCACCUGGAGAGGACGAUGAAUGAGAAACAGGAAGUGGAGAAGUCGAUGAAGCAGGGCAACGAGGAAACAGCUGCCAAGAUAUCUGCUCUGAACCAGAAGGUGCAGGAGUCGGAGGUGCUGCUGGACGGUCUGCAGCAGGCCUUCGGUCAGGCCAAGAGGAGCACCCAGGAGCAGAUGGCUGUGCUGAUGCGCUCCAGGGAGCAGGUGGCCGAGGAGCUGAGCCGGCUGCAGAGGGACAACGAGAGCCUGCAGGGCAAACACCGGCUACACCUGGCCCUGCAGCAGCAGCAGGACUUCCAGCUGCCCACCACCACCGAGGAACUCCAGUCACUGGUGAUGCAGUACCGGGAGGACAUAGUUUCCGUGCGCACGGCAGCGGAGCACCUGGAGGAGAAGCUGAAGGCGGAGAUCCUAUUCCUGAAGGAGCAGAUCCAGGCGGAGCAGUGCCUGAAGGAGAACCUGGAGGACACCCUGCAGCUGGAGAUCGAGGGAUGCAAGGAGGAGAUCGACAUCUUGGAAGCCUCAUUCUCCAGUCUGAAGACGGAGCUAGAACGCGUGAAGGCGGAGAGAGAGCAGCUGGAGAAGAGCCUGGCGGAGAAGACAAAGGCGCUGGAGAUGGUGGAGGGCCUGAAGAGCAGCAUGGAGGAGCAGCUCAAGGAGGCCCUGACCAGCAGGACGGCGCUGGAGAGCCAGGCGCUGGAUGAGAAAGAUAAGGCGCAGCGGCUGCAGACGGAGCUGGAUGUCAGUGAGCAGGUGCAGAGGGACUUUGUGAAGCUGUCCCAAACUCUGCAGGUGCAGUUAGAACGCAUCCGACAGGCCGACUCCUUGGACCGCAUCAAAGCCAUCCUGAACGACACCAACCUGACAGACAUCAGCCAGCUCCCGGAAACAUGAUGACCCCCUGCCCACCACCUCUUCCAGUCGUCCCUGCAGUGACCCCCAUCCCCACCUCUCUCCCUCUCUUUCUUUCUUUCUUUCUUUCUUUCUUUCUCUCUCUCUCUCUCUCUCUCUCUCUCUCUCUCUCUCUCUCUCUCUCUCUCUCUCUCUCUCUCUCUCUCUCUCUCUGUCUGACAGGCCGCCUCCUUACCACUGUGUCCGCACCACCAGGGUCUCUCUGACAGGGGGGCAUGAGGCUGCUCCACCCUCCUUUUUUUAACAAAAUAAAAACAAACAAUAAUAAUAAUAACAACAACAAAAAUCACUAUCCUCUGUGAACAACUUGUGAGAGAAAUGAAAGGACAAAAAAAAGAAGUCAUGCCUUCAGAGGGGGAGGACAAGAUGAAAAGUAAACCCAUGGAUGGUGUCGGAUGACGGAGAAGAAACGCUCCUGUACAACACUACUGUUCGACUAGAUGGUGACUUGGUGGAUGUAAAUAGACAGUCUGUGGAGAGGGGUGGACCUGAUUGAGGUUCUGCCUCUUGGGAACCCUCUGCUAAGUUCUGCCCCGAGAUGUGAGAGUUGUGUUUCUGUUUUUUUUUUUUUUUUUUUAAAUCAUUGCACUUCUAAAUGAUGGCGACUUCUCAUUUAGCUAAUGGUAACACACAGGGCCACCACAUUCCCCCCACCCACCACCAUUUUGCACCUCCUGAUAGCAAGCAAGCAAAUGACACCUGGCUGAUCCCAUAUCCCAUUCUCUCUAUAUGUCUGUGAUGUGAUGGUUCUCUCUUGGUUGGCUUUGGCCCAGCUUCUCACGCUCACUCCCCUCGCCAGGCACACUCGGCCUGAAUGAAGGAGACGCACUGUUAAGUGUUUGUACAUACGGUGUAAACAGAAUAUAUAUUGCAUCAAUUAAGUUAAUGAAUGAAUGAAAGAAUAAAUGAAUCAGUGAGUGAGCGAGUGAGUUAAUGAGUGAGUGAAUGAACAAAUGAAUUAAUGAAUGCAUUGUUGAGGUAUGUGGUUCUCCAUACGCCGUCCUUGAAAUCCAGUGAUGGAUCAGUCGGUCAUGUCAUCGACAGUCAUGCUGCCCUGUCUUAGUAGUUUCUCUUGCUAUUUGGCUCCCAGUCCAUAUGGGAUCCAUAGACUCUCUCUCUCUCUUUCACAGUGCCACUUUGGGCUUUUCAUAAACCAUACACCCAUAGGGGAAAUGAUUUGACAUCUUUAUUAUGUUUUACAUUUUCUUUUCUUAAACCUGUUUACAGUAUUUUACAGUUGUUGGGUUGCUAAAACCUUUAUGUUGCUGAUGAGUACUUCCUAGGAUGUCUUGGAUGUUUUGCAGUUACCGCUUUUGGCAUAUUUGAUUUUGAAAUGAAAAACCAGCAAGCCAGUUGUCUGGGUUGUAGCACUAAUGGCUAAAGCAUGCCACCUGCCAUGAACGCAGUUCUUUCAUGUUCAACAUGCAGGUGCAAAGGCCUAUCGAUGAAUGCGUUCAGCAUGUGAAAA